AUGAUUUAAAUUCACUUAAUCCUUAGUACCUUCAUUAUCCUCUCACAUUAAUGCUCGAAUUUGUAAGACAAUAAGCUUUUCAUAACUUCAACUCCAGGUGAGACAAUCAAAAUUCCUUUGUCUUAGAUAUUCUAUUCCAAUGAAUAUGAUUAGAUUAUUUUUUAACCUGUUGUUCCUUAGUUUACAAUUGCAACUCCUUUGUAAGAAUUAGAGACAAUUUCUAUAGAUGGAGUAAAAGGUUAGACAAUUUCAAUUAAAAUGUUAAAAUCAACUAAAUUUAGUGAACCAUAACAUUAUAUGGCUAUACUAAGACUUAGUGAAGGAGUUUAUUAUUGCGAAUACAACUUGAAAUAAUACUCUAAUUCACCUAAUUUAGAUGCUGUAUAUCCAAGUACUAGUAGAGCAAAUUCUAAAUGUUAUGAUAUAGCUUUGUUGACAAAUUUAAUUAUUACGGAAUGUUCUAAUGACGAAGGAGAUUACUUUAGUAUUUUUAAAAUUGAUUAAUCUCCACAUACUUAUUUAACAAUUGAGAAGCCUUAAGAUACUUUUAGAAAAUUAGAUACGAUAGAUUAAUAUCUAUUCAGAGGUACUAUAGAUAAGUUAGAGCUAUAUUAAGAAUAAGGAGAAACACUGGUGUUAUUAAAUAGCCUUGACUAAGCUGCAAUGAAAAUUCUAUUAUAGCAGGACUAAUUUGAACUAUAAAUAAGAGAGUUUAAAACUCAUACAAAUGGAUAGAUUAGUAUAUUGAAUGCAUCUGGAGAAUUAAUUAUUUUAUAAUUUAAGGAGAAUAAAUGGUAAUUAAUUAGUAAGAUUGAUACAAAGAUUCCAGAUGUUUAUACUUAUGAUCUUGAUGUUUAUAAAAAUACAUAUGUUAUCCUUUCAAAAACAUAGCUAUAUCAUAAAUUAAUUACUUAAUAAGAAUUUACCAUAGACAUCAACUGCAAGGUUUCAGAUAAGGUUUUAUUACAAAGAACUUCAAUUAUAGUAAUUUAAGACUAGACUCUAGCUUUAUAUUCAUAAUAAUUAUAUAAUAUCUAAACUAAGACUUUAGGUGAUUCUCAAUAUAAAAUCAGUUCACAUCCAAACUCUGAUGGAUUUUUAGUUUUUGAUGAUGAUAACUUUUACAGAUAUGCCAUAAAUAGUGAAUAUUCAUUACAAUUUUUAUCUGCUUCUUUACCUAUUGAGAAGGAUUAUAAAAUGACAACACUUAUUUAAAACACUUACUGUGUUAUUGAUGUCUAUUAUAUGGUUGUUAACUUUGAAUCUAUAGAGAUGUAUUCAUCCUAAGUACCUUAAGCAUUGAUUGCAGGAAGUGUAUUUUAAGAUAAUGUAGAUGUUAAGUUGAAAUCCAUCUAUUAAGGAUCUAAUCUAAAAUAUGAAUUUUCAAAACAUGAAAUUCUCAAUCUAAAAGUGGAAUAAUUCCAAGCCAUUGAAAUCGUAAACUUAGGAGAUGUUUCUGAGGUUAUCUAUAGGAAAUCAUUAUCAAAUUUAAAUAAUCCAUAUGUUUAAAUAAUAUAACAACAUAACAAUAAAUAUAUAAGUGGAUACACUUGUGAGAUCAUAUCAACUCUUAAAUUAAAUUGUUAAUCUAUUUUUACUCAGAGACAAUUCGAUUUAUUGUAAGACUCUGAUAAAUAGCUUUGGUGGUUUAAUUAUAAUUCGAUAUUCUUAGCAAUAUUACAAGAUUCAACAAUCACUAUCUAUUGUGUCUAUUAUUAAUAAUAAAAAUUUGAUAUAUUGACAACAAUCAGAUUUGAAAAUAAUCCCAUAUCUAUUGCAACUGAUGGUAAUUACUUGUUUGUCUAAUUGCAAUAAUCAAUUAAAAUAUAUAUGAUAUCUGUUGAAAACAAAGCAACCUUACUAUAUACUUAAGAUAUCAUAGGGGAUAUAUAUGCAUCUCAAGCAUAAUAAGAUCUUUUAUUUAUUGAGUAGGAUGGCUAAUUGAAGAUCUAUUCUUUACAAUACGAAAAAUUUACAUUGAUUUGGUUCACGGAUAUCGACUGUAAUAAUGAUUAAAAGAACAUUUUAAUUUUUAGAAAUCAUUUUGCUAGACUAAUAAAAUCAAAAGGUAAAGAAGAAUACAAAGCUACUGUAUUUAAUUAUUAGAAUAUUAAUAAUAUUUAUUAGGAGAAAAUAAUUAAUAUUAAUAAUUAUUCUAUUAUAAAUUUAUCAUAAAUUCAAGUUAAUCUUAAGUAAAACUUAUUUUAUAUUGUUGGAUAACAAAUGGGAUAAUAAAAACUACUAGUAUAUAAAGUUGAUGAGAAUAGUAUAAAUACUAUGUUUGUAAGCAUAGAUUAUACGUCUACUGCUUAAUUUACAAUUGCUCAUAAUUAUUGUUUUAUUACUGAUUCUAUUGCAAAUAAACAAAUGCAAUAAAACUACUAUAUCAUAGGAGAUAACUUAGUUUAAUCUCAAUUAAAGGAUGAUUAUUAAUAGAUUGAGUAUUCUAAAGAAAUUAGCUUAACUGUCUAAAUUAAAAAUGAUGCCUAAACUAUUAAAACUUAAGUAGUUCCAGCUCUAAUAGUUAAUAGAGGUGUUUCAAUAUUUUAGACUAAAAGUUCAUUGAAUUUAACAUAUAAAGCAGAUGGUGUUCAAAACCAUUGUAUUAAUUUGGAUCAAUCAUGGUAUAGUGGUUAAGCCUUUGAUAUAACAUAGAGUGAAAAUUCAUAAAAGAUUAAAUAUGUUAAAACAUUAACAAAAUAACCAGAAACUUUAGAAUUUAGUCCAUAUAUAUAAUAAUUGAAUACUGAAACAAUAGUUUAAUUGAUGGAGGAUAAAAUUGUCUUAGUAAAAAAGUCUGAUUUGAGUAAGAUAGAAAUCACUUUGGAUAAAACUUAUAAGAUCAAUAAGUUAUUAUUUAUUUAAAAUUAGUAUAUAUAUGUUGAAGCUUAUAAAGAAACUUUGAUUUUCUUAAAGGUUAUCGAAUGCAAUGAUUCUAAUUGUAAAUUCUUAGAAGAUGAACUACUAUUCCCAACAAAUAUCAUUAAAGUUUUCCUUCAUCAAAACAAUUUUCUCAUUUAUUCAUAUCCCAACAUAUUUGUAUAUGAUACAAAAGGUGAUCCCAUCAAAGUUUCAGCAUUUGAAUAAUUCAAUAAAUUUACUAUAUCAUCUUAGCCAUUUUUUGUUGAAUUCCAGCAUCUACGCGAUGAUGUUUAUUAGGCUAUUUCUGUGGAUGUGAGAGGGAAUGCAUACUUUAAUAAUAUAGUGAUUUCCAGAACAUCAAGUGAUAAUUAGAUAUUCUUUUAAGAUGUUAUUAGUAUACUUAAACAAAAUUAAUUAUAUGUAACUGGAAAUUCAAUAUGUGUUGGACUGGUUUUAAGAAAAAAUUAAAUAAUUAUUGUCUAUAAUACUAUAGCUACAUAUUCAUUCAAAUUUGAAUUUGAUUGUUUCAGUAAGAAAUUAUGUGAUCUCAAAUACUUUAUAUUGAAUGGUGUUUAUCAAUAAUAUGGAGGAUGGAUGUUGUUCAAUCUCUAUCCUAUAAUAUAUUCAAAUGAAAAUAUCUUAUCUAUGGUGUAUUUUGCAUAUAAUAAAUUUGAGUUACUCAUUUUUGAUCUUGAAAGUUCAAGUAGCAAACAAAACCCUAAACUUGCUAUAGCUCAUCUGAUUGGUCCUACUAGUAAAAUACCAGGCCAUUUUUAUUAAAUGUAAUCAUUUGUCUACAAUUGGAAUGGGCAAUUACAUUUAUUGGCAACAGCAGAUGAAGAAACAAAAUUAUAGCAUUACACAUUAAAACGAUCCCCAUAAGUUUGUGUUUCUGUUUAAUAUGCUAAUGAAAUCAUUAAAUUGUCUCUUUAAAAUUCUAACUCAAAUGUUAUAGCUACUUUAAAUGUUACUAUAUCAUAAGAAAAUGAAAAACCUCCAUAACCUGGACCUCCAGAAGAUGAUGAUAAAAACAACUUCCCUAUAUGGGCAAUAAUCUUAAUUAUCAUUGGUGUAUUAAUAUUUGGUUUUAUAAUAUUUAAAUGCUUUAAAAAUAGAAAGAAUAAAGUUGAUGAUAAGAGAAUUUUGUUGGUAUGA